GAGAUCUCUGUCGCGCCGUUCAGCUCUUCUCUCAUGGCCCCCCCAUGUCGCAGACCGGCAGACACAUGCGUGCCUUGGCGCUCAGCUGUAGGUGCAAAAUAUCAUGGCCCGCCCCAGGAAGCAACUCUGCACGGCUUCGCAAUCAUUGCCAAUACAGACGGGACUACCUGCCAUUCGGCGCAGCACCAAAAUAGCCCUAAUGUUCGGUCAAAGGCGGCGGUUGAGCCACCUAAGGUUCUCUGGACGCCUGAGAUGCCACGCCAAACUCUGCAGUCUCGAUCCUGGCCCGUCUACUGUCGUCGUCACGUCGCGGCACGGCUAUAUCGGGUGGAACGAUAUACCCACAAUCACAACCCUCAAUGAACGGUCCCGGGAACGUGGUCGUGGUGUGUCAGGCGUCUCAGUCGUCUCAGUCGUCGACCGCCACGAGAACAACUCGGACAAGGCCUGCGACUGCCUUGCGAGUCGAUCCUCAUUCUUCAGAUUCGUGAUCAGCCGCUGGUCAGUGCACUUGAUACUACAUCGUGAUACCCAACCCCUCUAUGACGAUGCGACCAAUAGUUGUGGGAAGUGUACCAGAGAUGCUGUCGCAACACACGCUGCCGAUCGAUCACGUGCUCCGCAAACAUGAAGCUAUCCGGCCAGUUCACAUUGCGGUUCGCUCGCAACCAUCGUCAGAAUAGUAGAGUGGGCACCAAAUACCUGCGUUGUCGUUCCCAGUACAAGCAUAGCAGUUGGUGACCAGCAGCGGCGCUUGCAAAGGCGUGCGAAUCCUAUUUUCUGGCCGCGCACUCGUCCACGAAACCACCGCAGAAAAGCUGUGUGCUUAUCUGGCAGUGAUGGGAGAGAUCUGGUCAUGGAGACAACUGGAGUAGCCUUGUCUGCGACGGCUGCAUAUGAAAGUCAGUUGACCUCCUGGAGCAGCUUGCCGAGCUUGCGGCUGUUUCCGGCCCCACAUGAGCGAUCACGCACCACCAGCCAAUGUGGAGG